CACAGGUGCUAAGCCAUGGCUGACUUGGAUCACAGCCUGAGCCUUGCGGAUGCUCUGACAGAGCCACCUCCUGAGAUUGAGGAGGAGGUGAAACGGGACUUCAUUGCCACGCUGGAAGCGGAGAAGUUUGACGACGUGGUUGGAGAGACGGUGGACAAAACAGAUUACGUGCCUCUGCUGGACGACGACGAUGCAGGGAGCCAGGAACCAAAAAGCAAAGCCCACGCUGACGGCAUUCAGGCGGAACGUAAGUGUCUGAAGUACAAGAGCAAACCUGCUGUACUCAGCGUUGCAGGACUUUCUUCUCGCUGUGAUUUUGCUGGGCCCGCUACGAAAUGUCCUUAGAU